AACCACUGCUGUGAAAAAGAACGGAAUGACAAAGGGUCCUCGUGAAAGACAAGGAGUUUCUUUUUUCCACAUUUUUGUGUCACUAGUAAUUGUUCUGCAGCUAAACUACCUGUUGACCUUUCCACAGUCAGUAUUUGCAACACAAACGCUUCGAAACAGCGAAUCGUUUUGCUACCCUGCGAUUUAACUGAUUUUGAGUUUUCCAUAUUUCUUGCUUGCUUUCUGUAUAUACAAUGAUAAACCUAAUUUAAUAAGCCGAACUUUAAUAGACUGUGAUCAAGCCGAGUACAGUGCCCAUCGUAUUAAAAACAUUUCAUGGCAUUACAUCCAUUAUGUGGUACUUGCCUAAAAAGAUUUUAUGAUGUGCGUUAAUAACAGACUACACUAACGUUACCUAUAGUCUUACACUUAACUGCGACUUAUGGAGAGAGAGAACCGUUUUUUCACAAACCACACCAAUCAGAGUGUAAAAAAAGAGAAAAGAUUUCCUUUUAGUAUUCGAAACAACGCCUCUUUCACAUCUGAUCAGCUUUCAACUCCUCAAGAAGGUCGACUAAAAAUCUGUGGGAAAAAUGGUUUCAUAUUUCAAGCCAGACUGGUUUGAUCCAAUUUAGUUAGACAAGAGACGCAGUUUAUCGGCUUGCAAACUGACUGUGGAAAGAGCAACGGCAGAUUUAUCAGGAAUCUGAUCUAGUUUGGAACCGCACAACAUGACUGAUGAGAAUACAACAUACGAAUAUGAUCCUGACUAUGAAGAUCAGUUGUGUCGCAAAGAGGAGGUGGUUAGAGUCGGAGCAAUUCUCAUUCCACUUUUUUUCACAGCGGUGGUUGUGUUGAGCUGCAUCGGUAACAUCCUCGUUCUGGUCAUCCUCGCGCUCUACAAAGGCCUCAAAUCCCUGACCAAUGUCUUCAUCCUCAAUUUAGCCGUGUCGGAUCUUCUCUUCACUUUCGGACUUCCAUUCUGGGCCUCGUACUACAUCUGGGGUUGGACCUUUGGAGAGGCUGGCUGUAAAGCGGUGAAGUUUCUCUUCUAUGUCGGUUUUUACAGCAGCGUGUUGUUCUUGACUCUGAUGACCGUUCAGCGUUACAUGGCGGUGGUUCAUCCUCUGUCCGACUGGGAGAGGUGCAGAUGUUUUUCAGUCGCUCCUUUUGUUAUUUGGAUCUUGAGUGGAACGGUUGCGCUGCUCGGUUCACUUCACAGCAGAGUCAUGACACAAUCUGACAGCCAGUAUUGUGAAUACGGCACUUUUGAAUGGAAAUCUGCCGUUGCUUAUUUUCAAAAUGCGUUUUUCUUCAUUGCAUUUGUAAUCAUGGGAUACUGCUAUGGCAGAAUGCUUUGUACGAUUACAAAAUCACGGACUAAUAAGAGACACAAGACUGUUAGACUAAUAUUCUCCAUUGCACUGGUGUGUUUCACCGGUUGGGCUCCAUAUAACAUUAUCAUGUUUUUAAAAUCAUUGACCGUCAAUCCGUUCGCAGACUGUGAUGUAAGCCAAAGCAUUGACUAUGCUUAUUAUACAUGCCAAAUAAUAGCUUUCUCUCACUGUUGCUUGAACCCUGUUUUUUACUGUACGCUUUUGUUAGCAUAAAGUUCAUCUAAAAAUGAUUCUUCAGUAGAUCUUUUAAAAAAACUAAACCAGAGAUGCUAUGCUGGGACUGAAUAUUUGAAAACUUUGUUGUGCCAUUGCUCAGCUUCUGCCAAUAUAUAUCUGCCAUUUACUCAGUGGAGAAGAAGAGAGAAGUAUCAUUGACUGAACAUAGUUGAUCGUAUUCUGUUUAACAAAAUAAAAAGAGACAUGACUGG